AUGCUAGUAUAUUUGAACUGGAUUACAGAAGCGUGGGAGAAUUUGCCAGAAGAGAUGAUAGCAAAUUCUUUUAAAAUUUGUGGAAUCUCGAACAAUGUUGAUGGUUCAGAAGACGAUAAAAUACAUGUUUUUAAGCCGACCGGUCCCAUUCCAUCCGGAGCUGAACUGAUGAGGAAAGAAAGAGAAGAAAAUGAAUUUAAUGAGUUAACUGGAUUAUUUGAAGAGGUUGAUUUAAUGCAGGAUGAGGAAAAUGGUAUUUUAAGCGAUAAUUCUUUGGAACUGUAAAAAAUUUUAAUUUUGUUGCUGCAAAUUAUUUUAUAAA